AUGGGGUUGAGAGAUUUUUUUGGUUGGAGGGGGGGGGGGGUGGUUGGAAGGGGAAUGGGGGGGUUGGGAGGGGGGGUGGUUGGGGGGGUAUUUUGUGGGGGUGGGGAUGGGGGGUGUAUGGAUGGAUAUGGGGGGGGUUGGGUUAGGGGGGGGAUGUUAGGGUGUGGUUUGAGGGGAGAGGGGUGGGUGUGUGUGGGGGUGUUGGUGGUGGGGGGGGUGGUGUUUAUGGUAGUUUGGUAUGGUUGGGGUAUAUGUGGGUGGGAUGAGGGGGGGGGGUGGGUGUGUGGGUGUGGGUGUGUGGUUGGGGUGGGGGGGGUGUGUGGUGAUGAAAUAGGAUGGGGAUUAGGGGGUUUUUGGGUUUUGGUUUGGAGUUGUUUUGGAGGAAAUUUAGAGUUGGUUGGUUGGGGGGGGGGGUAUGUUUUAAAGAGGGGGAAAGGGUAA